CUAACUUAUAUUUAAGUGUAGCCGCAGUAUAGUAACACAAAAUGGCACAGAGAGCAGCAUAUAAGGUAUUCGUUAGUAAUUUACCAUGGACCAUUGGGAGACGAGAAUUGAAAGAAUAUUUCUCUCAAUUUGGCUAUGUAAAUUCAUCCCAUGUUGUUUUUGAUUCAGAAACUGGAAUGUCUAAAGGCUUUGGAUUUAUAGUAUUUGGAAAUAAAGAAGCUUUUGUAAAUGCUACAAAACAAACUGUUCAUCAGUUAGAACAUUCAACAAUUAAUGUGCAGCCAUCUGAUUCCUCAUUUGGAAGAAAUGAAUCAUUUUAAGAAUAACUUGGAAGAAAUGUAAAUUAAAUGCUCUAAAGUUAGACCUUUUUUUUUUUAAUUAAAAAGAAGUAAUUUAA